UGCUCCCGGCUCCGCGUCAGAUUUGCAACCUACUGCGCAGGCGUCAUCCUGUCAAGCCGGUCGGCCGAGUUAGGAUGGUCACCAGAAGCCGCUCUGGCCUCCAGUUUCUCUCCUGCUCCUAUCCCCUAAGGGUAUGGGGACCAGGCAGUCACUCAGUGCAGUGUUCGCCUCUCUCCCCCGGCUCGCCCCAGCCCCCUCACCCCUCUCACGUCAGAGUCGGACGUCCGGAGUCCAAAAUCUGGAGAAGCAGUGAUUCUGGCUGCCUGGUGGCGUCUAGUAGUGAGCUCUCGGCUUUUGGAGCUAUUGAAAGCAAAAGCCGGAGUUUGACAGUGAGAAAGUAGAAGCGACCUCUAGACUGGAUUGUGUGACACAUAAUUUUCACAGACCCCCAUCUCAUCCUGCAAAGUAGGAAGCUGCAGGAGCGCUGGCCCGCGACGUCUCCUAGAAAUUCCUUCGGCCGGCACUUUCUGCUCAAAACUAAACGAGGCGCUGCAGCGACGGAGCCGCAGCUUCCCUCCACUCGGUGAGGCCGCCUCGGUUCUGCCCGACAUUCAGCUCUACUUCUGCCUUCCAGGGUUCAUCACGUCUGCGCCUUCUCUGCUCCAGAGGUGCCUAAUAAAAGUACGGCCCACAUCACCCAGCUAUAAUCGAGAAAAACUUGCCGACCGUAUAAUCCUGUAGAAACGCUAGUUUGAAUCCGAAAAAAACAAAAACAAAAAAACAGGAGUAAGAGUCAAGAUUUAUUGCUCUAUACGGAUCCGGAGGGGACUCUUUCCCGGAAAUUUGACGAUGGUGAAGUGCUAAGACCGCUCAGUGGAUUUUUUAAAAUACCACCAGAGACCGUGUUGAGAGCUGGGAGCUAGUCAGAAGUGACAGGGAAGCCAUGGAAGCAACUGGGAAAGAGGAAAUCAGUGUUGAAGAUGAAGCUGUGGAUAAAGACGUUUUCAGAGAUUGCAGCAAGAUUGCUUUCUACAGGCGUCAGAAAAAACAGCUCUCCAACAAUUCCACCUAUCGUGCGUUAUUAGACUCAGUCACAACAGGCAGAGAGAGCACCACUUUCCAAAUCAUCAAUGAAGCAACUAAGCUUCCUCUCCUUGCUGAAGUUUAUGGUAUAGAGAGAAACAUUCUCAGGCUUAAAAUCAAUGAAGCAACUCCAUUGAAACCCAGGUACGAGGUUUCUGAUGUCCUCAUCGGCAAGCUGAGCACUACAAGGCUGAUUUCGUGCUCAGGGGAUACAGGCAGUCUGAUACUGUCUGAUGGAAAAGGAGAUCUAAAGUGCCAUAUCACAGCAAACCCUUUCAAGAUAGACUUGGUAUCUGAAAAAGAGGUUGUAAUGAGCAUAAAUUCACUGGGCCAGUUAUACUUUGAGCACCUACAGAUUCCUCCAAAGCAAAGAACUACCAAAGAAAAUGAGAAGACUACAUCAGUUGACACUUCUCAGGAGGAUCAAGAGGAUCUAGGCCUGUGGGAAGAGAAAUUUGGAAAUUUUGUGGAUGUCAAAGCUAAUGGUCCUGCCUCCAUUGGUUUAGAUUUCUCCUUGCAUGGAUUUGAACAUGUCUAUGGGAUCCCACAGCAUGCAGAAUCACACCAACUUAAAAAUACUAGGGAUGGAGAUGCUUACCGCCUUUAUAACCUGGAUGUCUAUGGAUAUCAAAUACAUGACAAAAUGGGCAUUUAUGGUUCAGUGCCUUAUCUCCUGGCCCACAAACUGGACAGAACUAUAGGCAUUUUCUGGCUGAAUGCCUCAGAAACACUGGUGGAGAUCAAUACAGAGCCUGCAGCAGAGUACACACUGACCCAGGUGGGCCCAGCUGCUGCUAAACAGAAAGUCAGAUCUCGAACUGAUGUGCGCUGGAUAUCCGAGAGUGGAAUCAUUGAUGUUUUUCUGCUGACAGGACCGACACCUUCUGACAUCUUCAAACAGUACUCGUGCCUGACAGGCACUCAAGCCAUGCCCCCUCUCUUCUCCUUGGGGUACCACCAGUGCCGCUGGAACUACGAAGAUGAGCAGGAUGUCAGGGCAGUGGACACAGGAUUUGAUGACCAUGACAUUCCUUAUGACGUCAUGUGGCUGGACAUAGAGCACACCGAGGGCAAGAGAUACUUCACCUGGGACAAGAAAAGAUUCCCAAACCCCAAAAGAAUGCAAGAGCUGCUUAGGAGCAAAAAACGUAAGCUUGUGGUCAUCAGUGACCCCCACAUCAUGGUAGAUCCUGACUACCCAGUAUACACUAAGGCCAAAGAACAGGGCUUCUUUGUGAGAACUCGUGAAGGAGGAGACUUUGAAGGAGUGUGCUGGCCUGGUCUCUCCUCUUACCUGGAUUUCACCAAUCCCAAGGUCAGAGAGUGGUACUCAGGUCUUUUCGCUUUCCCUGCUUAUCAGGGAUCUACGGAUAUUCUCUUCAUAUGGAAUGACAUGAAUGAGCCCUCAGUCUUUCGAGGGCCAGAGCAAACCAUGCAAAAGAAUGCUAUUCAUCAUGGCAACUGGGAGCACAGAGAACUUCACAACAUCUAUGGUUUUUAUCAGCAGAUGGCUACUGCAGAAGGACUGAUACAGCGAUCUAAAGGAAAAGAGAGACCUUUUGUUCUUUCACGUUCUUUCUUUGCUGGAUCACAAAAGUUUGGUGCAGUGUGGACGGGCGACAACACAGCAGAGUGGAGUUACCUGAAGAUUUCCAUUCCAAUGUUGCUCACUCUCAGCAUUACCGGGAUCUCUUUUUGUGGAGCUGAUGUGGGGGGCUUCAUCGGGAACCCGGAAGCAGAGCUGUUAGUUCGCUGGUACCAGGCUGGGGCCUACCAGCCUUUCUUCCGUGGCCAUGCCACUAUGAGCACCAAGCGUCGGGAGCCCUGGCUGCUGGGGAAGGAGCAUGCCCAGCUCAUCCGAGAAGCCAUCCGAGAGCGCUAUACCCUUCUGCCUUAUUUGUAUUCUCUGUUCUACCAAGCACACAUCACUUCUGAACCUGUCAUGAGGCCUCUGUGGAUAGAGUUCCCUAAUGAAGUAGAAACUUUUGGCAUAGAAGAUGAAUACAUGCUAGGAAGUGCCUUAUUGGUUCAUCCAGUCACAGAACCAAAAGCAACCAUGGUUGAUGUAUUUCUGCCAGGAUCCAAUGAGAUCUGGUAUGACCCUAAGACAUCUGCUUGCUGGGAAGGAGGACAUACUGUGAAGAUCCCAGUAGCCCUGGAUACUGUACCAGUGUUUCAGCGAGGCGGAAGUGUGGUGCCAGUAAAGACGACUGUGGGGAAGUCCACAGGCUGGAUGGCUGACACCUCAUAUGGACUCCGCAUGGCUCUGAGCACUAAGGGUUCUGCAGUGGGAGAGUUGUAUCUGGAUGAUGGCCACUCAUUCCAGUACCUCCACCAGAAGAAGUUCUUGCACAGGAAGCUCUUGUUCUGUUCCAGUGUUUUGACCAACAGUUGUGCUGACGAGAGGGGACAUUUUCCCAGCAAGUGUGUGGUGGAGAAGAUCUUGGUCUUAGGCCUCAGGAAGGAACCAUCUUCUGUGACCACCCACUCAUCUGAUGGGAAAGCUCAGCCGGUGGCUUUUGUGUAUUGUGCUGGUACUUCCACAUUGAGCCUGGAGAAGCUUUCCCUGAACAUUGGUGCAGACUGGGAAGUCCACAUCCAAUGAGAGAGUGGCUGGCCACACACACAGGAGUGGCCUGCACCUUACAACCCUUGGCCUUUUUCAGGAUUUGUGCUGCAGCCUGAUGAGCUUCCCUUGGUGGAGAGUGAUCUUCCACUGGUCACUAGUGUACUAAUAAACAGUGCAUUGCACAUUU